AGAGAAAGAGAAAGAGAAAGAGAAAGAAAAAGAGAGGGAGAGGGUUUUAAGUUUUAACUGUGCAAAGCUAACACAGAGAGCGCGGGUGGAAGCGCCGGAAAGAUGACCGGCGGUGGAUCGUCGGGGAGGCUGCCGACGUGGAAGGAGAGGGAGAACAACAAGCGGAGAGAGAGAAGGCGGAGAGCGAUUGCAGCGAAGAUCUACGCUGGUCUUCGAGCUCAGGGUAACUACAAGCUUCCCAAGCACUGUGAUAACAACGAGGUCUUGAAAGCUCUCUGUGCCGAAGCUGGUUGGAUUGUCGAAGAGGACGGAACUACCUACCGCAAGGGAUGCAAGAGGCCGCAAGGUGAGAUUGGAGGAACUCCAGCGAACAUGAGUGGUUGUUCUUCACUGCAGCCAAGCCCACAGUCAUCAGCAUUCCCAAGCCCUGUUCCUUCCUACCAUGCUAGCCCAACUUCCUCAUCAUUCCCCAGCCCCUCUCGCAUUGAUCCCAACCUUCAAAACCCCUCUUCAUUCCUCCUACCAUUCAUUCAUAACAUCACCUCCAUCCCCACAAACCUUCCUCCUCUUAGAAUAUCCAAUAGUGCCCCUGUUACCCCUCCUCUUUCUUCCCCAACCUCCAGGGGUUCUAAAAGGAAGGCGGAUUUCGAAUCCCUCUCCAAUGUCUCCUCUCUUAAUUCGUUCCGCCAUCCUCUCUUCGCGGUAUCCGCCCCAUCCAGCCCCUCCCGCCGCCACCAAUUGGCUACUUCCACCAUUCCUGAGUGUGAUGAAUCUGAUGCUUCCACUGUGGACUCCGGUCGCUGGGUUAGUUUUCAGACAACGACUGCCUCGGCUGCUCCUCCGUCGCCUACCUUUAACCUUGUGAAACCAGCAAUGCAGCAGAUCACUCCCCAGGGUUCCAUGGAUAUGAAUGAAGGCAUGCAAUGGGGCCAGGCUGCAGAGAGAGGAAGACCAUCGGAUUUUGACUUUGAGAAUGGUCGAGUGAAGCCAUGGGAGGGUGAGAGGAUACAUGAGGUGGGAGUGGAUGAGUUGGAACUUACUCUAGGCUGUGGAAAGGCCUGAUGUUGAAAACAAUGUUUAGGGCUACCUUCUUAUGUCUAUAUCACGCCCAAAGGCCACAACACUGCUGCGAACCCGAUCCCCAAGCCCAAGUCUGCAGCGUUUCCUUGGCGUCUGCAUGGAUUGCUUGGAUGGAGCUGCCACUCUGCCAUUGCCGGGGAAAUCGGUUGCUAUGUUGCAUUUCUAUAUUUUUCUUAUAUGUACAGUCCCGUUUAUAUUUCGUUACAUUACAUGAAAUUUGACUUCAUUGUGAUGCCUUGUUGAUUGUUGAAUAGUUGCAUUUGAGGCAACCUUUAAAAAGUUUGGUAGUGUUUUGAGACUUAAUCUUAACUUAUUACUAUAGACCAGGAGAAAUUGAAGUUCACUGAAGAGAUAUUCUUAAUGCUUUCA